AUGACGCACAAGGGAAAGGCGGCUGCUGCAGCAGUGUCGUCUUUCAGACGGACACCUGCUCAAGCUCACAAUGUUGGUCUUAUGAAUGUUCUCAGCACACUGGAUGGCGUCGUUGUGGACAUUGACAAGCGCAUAAAAGCUGUAGCAGUUUCCGAAGGCUCCGAAGCAGAAGCAAUAGCCCAUCUGUCUUCCAGUGCUAAGGCCGUUGGUACUGGUAAAAUCACGCCAAAAGAAGCCGAAUCAAUGUGCGCUGAAAGAGUAGUUUCUUGUCGUAAGAUGAUCGCGGACCUGGAGUACGCCACGUUGGGGCACUAUCUACAGACAAUCGCAAUACAGCUGGAGGCCAUAUUCGCGAAAAUGCAUGAUGAGUCUUUUGGUGACCAAAGUGCAACAUCUGGAAUAGCAGCUUCUAGAGACACGUUGCAAAGCAGCAGUGGAGUGCGUCCGUCACAAGGCACAGGCGGCUCAAAGUACAUGCAAGAAUUCAGUGACGCAUUUGCUGUGAUUGUAGAAGAGCAUCUGCGCCGCCUCCCCAUUGCCACAUUCACCACCGAGUGCCUGGCGGAUUUUGUAGAGCGACUCAUCUCGGUGUUCACCCGGCACGCAUCCUUGCUACGCCCGCUCACCGAACACGGUAAAUUGCGUUUGGCGAAUGAUGUGGCACAACUAGAGUUACAGCUAGAGCAUAUUGUGCCAUUGCGCAAUGCUGGAGUCUCAUACGAAGAGCUUCGCGCGUUUCGCCACAUGAUUUUCUUGGAGACGAGUGAGAUCUUACGAGAUAGCACGAUCGAUAAAAUUCGACCAAGCAACGUGUGGCACCAUCUUACGUCCCGAGCUCCGUCUGAGCUUCAACUGCCACAUCAGAUGAAACGAUGGACAGCUUCGGCGUACAUUGAGUGGCUGGAUACCCGCGCGGCUACAGAACAGUCUGUACCUCGUACGACCCCUCCGUCUUCGAUCAGCAACUCAUCUGCGAUGGUGACACCACAGAGUGAGCUACCGCUCGGUUACCCGUACUUGAAAGAUCUCCGACUAGCCUUGCAAGCUGAAAAGCAAGCCUGGAAAGAAGUAGGCAAAUGCCUUGAUGCGUACUCUCAGCGAGUGAGCGCUUCGGUAAAUGCUGAAUUGAGUCCGAUUUGCGACUUGCUACAGGAGUCGAAUGCUAUACUGUUGGCAGGCUACGAAGCAACGGUGUAUCGUCAAUUGUAA